UAAACGUGCCAAAGAAAAAGCCCAUUGUCCCCAAUAACCUUUCGGUACAUCGUAAUAGAAUCUUUUCAAUACUUUCCACGUGGCGAGUAUACAAAAAGCCACGUGUAACAACAGUCAAACCAGUCAAAGCCACAACGGAUAUUAUCUUGUCUCCCGCCUUUCUUUAUAUAAAGCACACAAACAAGAAACAGAGACUUAUUAUAUCUCUGCAACUCUGAAACCUCCGUUUGACCCUUUUACCUUUCGAGAGAGAAGAAAGAAGGAUGACGAAGCUCGACGUUCUCCGUCGCUACCUCCUCCCGUGCGUCUCACCUCCGACGAAUCCAACCGCCGCGCCGCCAUCCACCGGACCAGUCUCCAAGAAACGUCUCAGCACUUCCCUCAGAGACGACAUCGACGUCCAAGACUCCGCUUCUUCCUCCGCCUCAUCCUCCGAGGCCACAUCCUUCGCCGCCGCCGUUGAUUCCGACUCCGACUACCUCUCCGUCGCGACGCAGCCGCCGAGACCCUCGAAGACGAUGGUCAUCGGUACGCUAUUCGGGAGGAGAAAGGGACACGUGUGGUUCUGCGUGCAGCACGACCGUCUCUCCGUCAAACCUCUCCUCCUCCUCGAGCUCUCCAUCGCGACGAGCCAGCUUGUUCACGAGAUGGGUUCUGGUCUCGUUCGCGUCGCUCUUGAGUGUCCGACCCGGCCCGAGCUGAAGUCUUGCGUCUUGAGAUCCGUGCCGGUUUGGACCAUGUUCUGCAACGGGAGGAAGCUAGGGUUUGCUGUGAGGAGGAGCGCCAAGGACGAGACGAGAGUGAUGUUGAAGAAGCUUGAGUCGAUGACUGUUGGUGCGGGCGUGUUGCCGUCCGAAUCCGGGUCGGGGGAAGCAGAUCUUGACGAGGUUAUGUAUAUGAGAGCGAACUACGAGCAUGUUGUUGGAAGCUCUGACUCUGAGUCGUUUCAUCUCAUCAACCCGGAUGCUAACUCGGCUCAAGAACUCAGCAUCUUCUUGCUCAGAACCUCUGCCUAAUUACCUUCUUGUUGGUCUAUAAUUAUGAAUGCUUUUCAUCAAAGAUAGGUUUAGAGAUCUUAGUGAGAAAUUUCAAAGUGUAUUUGAGUUCUUGCUUGUUAAACAUAUUCUUUUGUUAGUGAGAUUGACAAGUCCUCAAGGUGUUCUCGAGUGUAACGAUAAAGACACUUUCAA